CUCGCUUCCAUGCUCCACACCCAAGCGGAAACUAUCCGCCAUUUUGACAUAAGCAAAAUCGCCGUAUAGGUUUUGUGGUCUGAAAAUCUCACGAAAUUCUUCUGCUUGUUUUGUAAUCAGCCCAUUCCUGGGGAGGAUACUUGAAGACGACUAACUGAGUCUUCACGGACCAAAGCACGCCAUGGCUCCUUUGGCCUUAAAAAUCAACUUUAUUAAGUUGAACACGGUCAAAACAUUUCAGUUUGAGCCACAUCAAACUGUUGCUGAAGCUAUAAAACUGAUUGUAGCCAAGGUCCCAGACGCUGUACCGCAGAAAAAUGAAGACUGCGGCCUAUUCUUCUCCGAUGAAGACCCAAAAAAAUGCCAGUGGUUCGAAGAAGAAAGGCCACUCGCCUUUUACAGUCUCAAAAGUGGUGACACAUUAGAAUACAAGAAUAAGCACAGGUUAUUGAAAGUGAAAAUGCUUGAUGGAGCUGUCAAGACUGUUAUGAUUGAUGAUAGUCAUAAUGUUGGCAAUGUUCUCCAGACCAUUUGCGAACGGCUCGGUAUAACAAAUAUGGAGGAAUUUUCGCUGUUUAUUGAGGAGCCAAAAGAAGAGAAAGAAGAGAUGGGAACUGGAACACUGACAAGGGACAAAACUGUGAAGAGCACGGCAAUGAUGAAGAAGGUGGAAGAAAGAGAGAAGAAGAAGAUGGACCAGAUGAAGAGGAAACUCCACACAGAUGACGAAACAAAUUGGCUGGUUCAUGACAGGACUUUGCGAGAACAGGGGGUAGAUGAUUCACAAAUGGUAGUUCUGAGGCGAAAGUAUAUGUAUGAACCAAACGUGAACAUUAAAAACCCAGUGGAGAUCAAUCUUCUGUACGUUCAGGCCCGUGAUGGCAUCCUAGAUGGCACACAUCCCUGUACCAUGGAGGAGGCUUGCAAGUUCGCAGGCCUGCAAUUGCAAAUCCAAUAUGGCGAUUUUGAUGAAGGGAAAUACAAAACUUGCUAUAUCGACCUAAAAGAUUUUCUUCCAAGAGAAUAUUCUAAAAACAAGCAAUCGGAUAAGAAAUCAAAAGAGGAGCACAAAAGCCUUGUUGGGCUAGACGAGCUGAACGCAAAAUACAGAUAUAUCCAGCUUUGCCAGAAUCUCAAAACCUAUGGUGUGACCUUCUUCCUUGUUAAGGAAAAAAUGAGAGGAAAGAAUAAAUUAGUUCCUCGUCUUCUUGGUGUGACCAAAGAGAGCAUUUUGAGGGUGGAUGAAAAGACAAAAGAGGUUUUAAAAACAUGGCCCUUGACUACAGUAAGAAGAUGGGCUGCUUCACCCAACAGUUUCACCUUGGAUUUUGGUGACUACCUUGAAGGCUAUUACUCAGUGCAGACUUCAGAAGGAGAGCAGAUAUCACAGCUCAUUGCAGGAUACAUCGAUAUCAUUUUGAAAAAGCGCAACAAAACAGAUCUGUCAACAGGUGACUAUGAGGAGGAGAGCACAAUGCUCGAAGACUCUGUGUUGCCGUCUAGGGCCACAUAUCUUCAACAUCAAACCAACAAGCAAAAAAUGCCUUCAUCAGGCUCUGUUGCCCUGCCUGCUGUUAUGAGAACUGGGGGUCAAGGAGCUGGAAAAUACACAGUUGGUCAAAUGCAGGAGGAACAGUACUCAACAAAAACGGGGGUUGGAGCACACGCACACGGACCGCCAAUGGGCACCAAAGGUCAGCUUCAGGGAAAGUUCACGCCAGGUCAACACGCCCUUAUGACGAACCUCUCUCAUGGUGUUAGAGCCAUUGGAAAUUCUGUCGACGAUCUAAGCACAGCGCAAGACCUUCCAGAUCUCGGCUCCGAUCCAGCUUCUAGGAGGUGGAUUGAGAAUACGAUUGAGGAGAACAAACAGAAUGUGAUAUCUCGCCUCGGUGCCAUGUCAGCCGCCACUGCAGCUCUCAUUUCGAACACCUCAGGAGAUCCAGAUAAAGUCAAUUACACAGCAGUCGGUGCGUCAGUCUCAACAAUCACAUCAAACCUAGAUGAUUUGGUCAAGGGAAUCAAGAUGAUCGCAGCUCUGAUGGAUAACAACGACAACAGCAAAAAACUGAUUGAUGCUGCAAAGUCAUUGGCAACGGCUUUUAGCGAUCUACUCAAUUCUCUGAACCCUAACAGCGAGGACAAGACCCGUCAAGAUCUGUUGAAUGCUGCUGGUGAUAUUGGCACAGCCAGCUCAAACAUCAUGAGGUGCUUUGGAGACCCUGACGCCGCUGAUAUGGCUUUGCAAGAGAUGCUUCUGACCCUAGCAAAAGCAGUUGCCACGGCAACGGCUGCUCUUGUUCUGAAAGCAAAGAACGUAGCGGGUUCAUGCGGAGACACUCCUGCGCAGAAGAAGAUUAUCGAUUCAGCCAAAGAGACUGCUCUAUCGACUUCGCAGCUCGUUGCAUGCGCCAAGGUCCUAGGUCCACAUAUCUCCAGUCCUUUGUGCCAGGAUGAAAUGAUUGAGUCCGCAAAAUUGGUUGCCACGAGUGUAGAUGGAGUUUCCGGCUCUUGCGCGGAAGCGACUGGUGAUGAAGAACUUAUGUCAGGGGUGAGACAAGCCGCUCAGAAUGUUACAGACGCAUUGAAUAACUUACUGAAGAAAGUAAGAGAAGGCUCGAACAUCAAAUCAGGGGGGCAAUAUGACAGUGCAUGUGAUGAUAUUCUCAAUGCCACGGAUCGGCUGUUUAAUAGCAUGGGAAAUGCAAGCGAAAUGGUAAAGCAAGCCAAGAUUCUGGCCCAGGCAACAUCGCAGUUGGUGAAUGGCAUCAAAGCAGAUGCCGAAGGGCAGGAAGACUCUGAUGCACAAAAGCGACUUCUUGCUGCAGCAAAGGUUUUGGCUGAUGCCACUGCAAAGUUAGUCGAGGCAGCGAAGGGCGCUGCGAGGAACCCUAACGACGCCAAUGAGCAGGAGAAGUUAAAGAAGGCUGCGGAGGACUUGAGAGCCGCAACAAACGCUGCUGCCAGCAAUGCAUUAAAAAAGAAGCUAGUAUUGAGGCUUGAGAAUGCUGCCAAACAUGCUGUCGCCUCUGCGACUCAAAUGGUUGCCGCUGCGAAGACAUCAGGAGCUUCGAACCGAAAUCCAUCAGCCCAACAACAAUUAGAGGAUUCUUGCAAGCAAGUACAAGACCAGGCCAGUGAGCUCAUACAAAGCAUACGUAACAGCUACAACAACCGAGACAGUCCAUCCGCCCAGCUUGGGUUGAUCAGCUCAGCGACCGCCUUCCUAGGGCCCAGUGUAAAAAUGGUGGCCAAUGCUAAAGCAGCCGUUCCUACUGUCGGCGACAAUGCUGUUGCCAUGCAGUUAUCAACAACGGCGCAAAACACAGCAAUGGCGCUGAUUGAGUUGAAGAAUGCAGCGGGAAAGGCUGCAGAGGCAUGUGGUUCAUUGGAGAUCGACAACGCUCUAGAGACAGUAAGGAACCUCGAGAAGGAGCUUGAGUCAAUAAAACAAACAGCUGAGGACGGGUCACUGAAGGCAUUGCCCGGCGAAGAUAUUGAGUCAUGUGCACUGGAAGUUGGCGCGACUUCAAAAACAGUUGGAGGCUCAAUGGCGCAGCUACUUACGGCCGCUGCACAGGGCAAUGACAGCUACACUGGCAUUGCAGCACGUGAUACUGCUAGCGCGCUUAAAGUUCUCACCAAGGCAAUCCACGGGGUAGCAGCCUCUGCGACGCAGCCUGCCAGUCGACAAGCAAUUAUCAAAGCAGCACAAGUUGUUAUGCAUGAAUCAGCCAACCUGAUUGAAGAAGCGAAAAGAGCUUUGGACAGCCCGAACGAUAAAGCAAAUCAACAAAGAAUGGCCAAGGUUGCCAAAGGAGUGUCACAGGCUCUCAACAAUGUUGUCAACUGUUUGCCAGGACAACGGGAUGUUGACGAAGCUAUCGAGGGAAUCAACAGAUCUAGUGCGAUUUUGUCAGAGAGCCAUCCAAAGUUCCCAGAAAGCAACCAAGGGUACCAGGAAGUACAGGAUCAGCUAAAUUACGCUGGAGUGAAUCUGAAUGCUUCCGCAAGUGAAGUCAUUCACGCAUCGAGAGGUACAGCUGAAACUCUAGCAAAGGCUUCCGAGAAAUUCUCAAAAUCAUAUCAAGAUUUCCAGGAAAGAGGACUGAUCUUAGCUGGUCAAUUAAAGGAUCGGGAAAGCCAAGAUCAGCUUGUUCAAGAUCUCCGCAAAACAUCAACUGCCUCUAGCAAAUUGCUACUUGCUGCUAAAAGUUUGGCUGCAGACCCAACUGGGCCUAAUUCAAAGAAUCUUUUGGCAGCUGCAGCCAGGGGCGUGACAGACGCAAUCAAUGGUUUGCUAAAUGCUUGCAUGACUGCGGCUCCAGGCCAGAAAGAAUGCGAUUCUGCCGUCAGAAACGUCCAGUCAAUCGCCAACGUCCUUGACAACCCUGUUGAGCCAGUCAAUGACGCAACCUUCUUCAACUGCCUGGAUACAGCCACUGCGAAGACGCAGCUGCUAACAAAGUCGAUGACUGAUAUUGCGUCAUCACUGAAGAAAGAAGACCGAGAUACAUUCAAAGGAGCAGUUGGCCAGGCGUCUGACGCUGUGUGCGCUUUGACUGAAUCCGCUGCGCAGGCCGCUUAUCUUGUUGCCAUAGCUGAUCCUUCAAGCACGGCUGGCCGACAAGGCCUAGUCGACCAAUCGCAGUUCCAGCAAGCAAAGGACGCCAUUGCAUCGGCUGUUGAAGGUUUGGUUCACCCGAAGAAUACUCAGCAACAGGGUGCUGGAAACAAAAGCCUUUUAAAAGUACUCUCUGCCGCUACUGUCAUUGCGAAGCACACCUCUGGCUUGUGCAAUGCAUGUAAAGUUGCCUCUGCGAAGACUGAAAACCCUGUAGCUAAGCGACAUUUUGUACAAGCGGCUAAGGACGUUGCAAACAACACAGCUCUGCUUGUCAAAUUCAUUAAGGCCUAUGCUGGUGAUCUCUCAGACGUGAAUCGAAACCAAUGUCACGAGGGUGGUAAACCAUUGUUAGAAGCUGUCGAAAACCUCGUAAGCUACGCAAGUUCGCCAGAAUUCGCUAGAGUUCCAGCCAAGAUCAGCGCCGAGGCCCGCUCGGCCCAGUUCCCUCUCAUAAUGGCGGGAAAAUCCAUGGUAACUUCAAGUUCAAACUACUUCAACACUGCAAAACUAUUGGCAGCCAACAGCAAGGAUCAGAGUACUUGGCAACUGUUUGCGCAACACUCAAAAGCUGUUGCUGAUGCCAUGAAAAAGAUUGUUACUGCCAUCAAGGAAAAUGCUCCUGGACAACACGAAUGUGACGAAUCCGCUGCCAGUGUGGAUCAAAGUAUCAACAGAAUCGAUGCGGCCUACCUGUCCGCCAUUAGUCAGCAUCUACAACCAAGCACUGAAGGAACCCUCAAGGGAUUCGAAGAGAGAAUUAUGUUGACUUGUGCGCAGUUACGCGAAGGAGUUACCCCCGCAGCGGUUGCAGCGAAGUCAGAACCAGAGCAUCUUGGUCACAAGGUGGCCUACAUCGCCAAUUUGAUCUCACCGUUAGCCGAGGCUGCAAUCGGCUUCGCAUCAAAACUCACUGGAGGAGCAGAGAAACAAACUGAGAUUCUUGAUAAGACGAAAACAGUUGCUGAGUCCGCUUCUCAGCUUAUUUAUGCUGCAAAGGAGUCAGGCGGAAAUCCAAAGGCCGCUCCGCAAUUACAUUCCGCUGUCGAUGAAUCUGCGAAUAACUUAACCGAGGCUAUCAAUGACCUCACGAGGCAACUUGAAGAGAUUGCUGGAGAUACUGGUGUUGUUGCUGUUCUUGUUGACUCUAUCAACAAAGCUGUGGCGAGGGUUGAGAUGUACAUGCAUUACGAUCCAAGCCAGGACAACCAGCCCAAAGAAUCUUUUGUCGAAUGCCAGGAUAGUAUGGUGAAGGAUCUGAAGGCGAUUGCGCGACUCAGCCAGGACAUGGUUGGAAGAAGCAGCUCAAAGCCAGAGGCCCUUGGAGGCUUGGGCCAAGAGAUCUGUAAGCAGUAUAAUAGAUUGGCUGACAAUGCAAGGAAAGCGGCUACUGCGACAACCAAUGAAGAGAUCGCCAAACGGUUGAAGGACAGUGUGCAAGGUCUUGGGCAGUCACUAACGGUAUUGGUGCAAACAGCUGGAAAUAUCCAGGCCAAUCCAAGCGAUCCAUUUGCCAAACGAGAGUUGUCAGAGAAUGCCAAGAAGGUAGCAGAAAAGGUAUCAUUUGUCAUGGCAACGCUGCAAGCAGGUUCCAUUGGCACCCAGGAAUGCAUUAACGCAGCCUCAGCAUUGCAAGGCAUGCUGGGUGAUCUAGAAACCAAUGUAAUGUUUGCACAAGCGGGAACUUUGAACCCAGAUGACGAUGGCGAAACAUUCGGUGACCAUAGGGAGUCUAUACUGAAAACAGCGAAGAACCUUGUUGAGGAUACCAAGAAUUUGGUUGUUUCGGCACAGGGAAGCCAAGAGCAGCUUGCGACAUCGACUCAAAAUGUUCUGUCGAGUAUGAAUAAGUUAUUGGAGAAUGUUAAGUUUGGAGCCAUUGCUUUAGGGUCGGAUGACAUGGAAGCACAAGUUAUGCUUCUGAACGCGGCUAAAGAUGUGACGUCAGCAUUGAAUGAUCUCAUCAAUUCAACAAAGAAUGCUUCUGGUAAAAGUCCGAAUGAUCCUUCAAUGGAUGCUUUGAAAAGCUCUGCAAAGACGAUGGUUACCAAUGUUUCAUCACUGCUAAAGACGGUUCGUAGUGUGGAAGACGAGGCACAGAGAGGCCUGAGAGCAAUUGAAUCAACUGUCGAUGCUGUCAAACAAGCAGUCAUUGUUCUUCAAGCCGAAGCUGAGCCAGAACGAAAAGCCACUCCGGAGGAGCUUAUAAGGUCAACAAAAGGCGUUACCUUGGCAACUGCAAAAGCUGUUGCUGCUGGCAACUCUGGUAAACAAGCUGACAUUGUACAAGCAGCGAAUGUUGGAAGAAAAGCUUGCACAGAAAUGCUUAUCAUUUGCAAGGCUGCUGCCGCCACCGCAGAAUCUGCUGAUAUCCGCUACGCAGCUAUCAUCAAAGGUAGAGAAUGUGCGCAGGCGUAUUGCAAUGUCCUGGAUCAUGUUCAAUCGAUCGUUCAACAUCCAACACAGCAGAAGAAAGUCCAACUCACAAUCCACUCAAAGAAAGUCGCUGAUACGGUAACCGAUCUCGUCAAAGUUGCUGAAGAACUCAAAGGGACAGAAUGGGUCAACCCAGAAGAUCCCAACGUCAUUGCUGAAAACGAAUUGCUUGGAGCCGCAGCGUCGAUUGAGGCCGCUGCGAGGAAGCUUGCUGAACUCAAACCACGUCAAAGGCCUAAGCAAGCAGACGAAAGUCUUAACUUUGAAGAGCAAAUUCUCGAAGCUGCCCGUGCAAUCACAGGUGCCGCUAGCGCUCUGGUGAAGGCUGCUGCAUCGGCCCAACGAGAAUUGGUCGCCUCUGGAAGGGUUUGUUCGCCAUCUUCAGAUCCACAUGACGAUGGGCAAUGGUCUCAAGGCCUGGUAUCGGCGGCAAGGAUGGUUGCUGCAGCAACAGGCUCCCUCUGCGAAGCAGCAAAUGCUGCUGUGCAAGGAAACGCAAGUGAAGAGAAGCUCAUCGCCUCCGCAAAGGCUGUCGCCAAUUCUACUGCGCAGUUGUUAUUAGCAUGUCGGGUGAAAGCUGAUCCAACCAGUUUGACCCAGAAGAGAUUACAAGCCGCAGGGAACCAGAUCAAACGGGCCGCUGAUAACCUUGUCAAAGCCGCACAAGGAGCUGCCGUAUUCACCGAUGUUGAGGUCGAGGUUACACUCAGCACGAGGCUUACGGGAGGCAUUCGACAGGAAAUCGAGGCUCAGGAAGAAAUCCUUCGUAAAGAGAAAGAACUUGAGGAUGCCCGAAAGAGGCUAGCACAUAUCAGGAAAGCGAGGUAUCGCGACGAACCAAUGGAAUAGUCAAAAUCGUAGCCUAGAUAUCUCCUUUUGGUAUUUUCAUAUUUGCUAAAAUGAAUUUUCUAUCGGAAUUACAACCUAAUUAGGGAUACAUACCCAAGUAAAUACUCAAUGGAAUUCUGGGAUACGUGUCAAGUAAGUCACCGCGGCCUAUCCAAGGUCUGUGUCAUAUUUUUGUAAACAAGCCAAUGUAGUUGAAUAUUAACUCUAAACAACCUUGUCGCUCAGAUCAUCAACAUAUUCUGUUUACAUAUUCAGAUCAGUUUACAUAUUGUUUAGGGAACUUUUUUCACUACAUUUAUUCGCCUCGAAGAGAAUACUUUGAAUGCAUGACCCUCUAACCGAAAGAAACUACACUUCCAGCCAUGGUUUUACCUUAGUAGGAUGACCCUUUCCCAAAGGAGAUGUCCCCUUAUCUAAAGAGAGAGAUCAUUUCUCAAAGAGGAUGACCAUUCAGCCGAAUGGAAUGACCAUUUAACCCAAGGGGAUGACCUUGGCCUCGAGGUGAUAAGCUCCCACUGAACAAUAGUGGCUUAUACUCUCAAAGGUGAUGCCCUUUAACCAAAUUGUGAUAGUCUUGAACAAAUAAGAAGAAGAUCCGAUAAAUUACCAAGUGUAGACAGUUUGAAAAUAGAAGGGGAUGACCUAUAAUUCAAGGGGAUAACCUCUGGCCUUUUUUAAAUGGUUAAUGACCUCUUUUUUAAAUUGAUUACUGUGAUAUCAGCUAUAAGGGGAUUCCAUUUAUAUUGUGUAAAGCCAUUGAACAGUUCAGAUGGGGAUUCCAUCUAGUUUGAAUAAACAUCGGAUCACAUUCUUCAAUUAACAAUUCUCUACAAAACUUGACACGUUUUGCCUGGUUUUAAAAUGAUACAUUUUUAUACAAAUAAUGUACGUUUAAGCAUCAAUGAUAGGUUAGUGACGUCAUAUAUGUAAGAAAAUUCGCCAUUGUUAUCAUGUUAUGAUCGUUAUGAAUGUUUUUCCUGUAGCGCGUAAUAAAGUACUUAAGUUCUACAUUGUUUCUUUGUUAUUUUCAAUAUUAAAUUAGAAUGAUAUCGUUAUCAAACAUUACAUGAAAGCUUUCAUUUUAAAUUU